CAGUGGCCGGACUGCAACAGAGUGGUGGAGGCAGUCUUCACGAGACUCUGCGGAUUGUACCAGGGUGCUGUGCGCUGUGAAGGAGUGAGAGUGUCUAGAUUCACGAUGGUGGCUCGUUCUUACAAAAACAUCAGGGAGUGCAUCAUCACCAAUUCCAGGGUGAUGAGUCAAACCACAAUUCAGCUCCCUGAAGUAAAUGCUGCCACAGUCACACAAUGCAAGCGUUGCAGGUCACAGGAGCAGGACAUUUUGAAGCAGGGCAUCUCUGCUUCAAAUGCACCCAUGGCUGGGCCUGACAAACUUCCUGUCGCCAUGCAAAAAGUGCCAGCCCUGCACUCUGGCACUUUGGCUGAGCCACACCUGUUUGUCCUUCCCCCAAACACUGCUGGGGAGGCAAAGCUUAAGGGGAGACUGCAACCCCAAACCAUCUCCCAAGGACUGACCCUCCCUCUCAUUACACCAGCACCACCUGUCCCCCUCCCCUUUAUACUUCCGUCUGUGCCUGGAACAUCGCAGAUGAUGUUUUUAAACCUCCAAUCACCUUCAGUCCUGUCACCACCCCCACCACCAAGCCAAGAUGUACCCUACACGACACAACAGUAUCGUAAGAGAAAGCAAGCGCAGGAUCUCACUGGGACGGUCACGAGGAAGUACGUCAAGAAGACAGAUGUGGUCCUUUGCAGAAAGUGCACAAAAGAAAGGAAGCCACCCUCGCACCUGCAGUAUUUCGGGAAUUGGUACUGUCAAGAGACGGAGACACAGUCGUACCAAGAAUGGAGGACUGAGCUGGAGAAGCGAGGUUACGGGAAAAAGAAAAAGAGCCAAAACGACCCUCCAGCCUCUUAGUAAAUUAGACACCUCAGAUUUCAGAUCAAGAAAACUUUGUUUGACGGUAAAGAAGUUGACGGUCCUAACUAUGUGUCAGUUUCCCUGUGAAUAACUGCACAUAAACAUUGUUUUGUCUCAGGAGGGUUUUUAAACUGUAUUUAAAUAGAAUUGUGAUGUCCUAACUUGCAGCAUGGUUGUGGCUGAAAUUACUUUCUAACAGUAAGAGUGAAUCUCCUGCAGCCAAAUAUGCUUUAAAAAAUGUUUGUUUCCAAAAGUAUUGCAGAAAGUUGGAGUUAAAGAGACUUAUCAUUAUUACUGGGCAGUAUUGUAAUAUGAUGUCAUUUUUUUUCUCUUCCUGUAAAUAGUUUUUAGUUUUGAUUUAAUAGGCCUUUUGUGUUAUAUUAUUAUAAUUCAUAUAUUAUUCAUAGUGUUGUAAAUAUUGCUAUUAUUAUUAUUAUCAAUGUUGUUGUGUAUUAGUACUGUUAUUUUUACAUUGUUGCUUGUUGUGUAUUAUUAUUACUUUGUUGCUUUUUGCUUAGCAUUAAACAG